AGAUGCAUUGGCAGAAGACAGGACUCCAGUGGUGUGAUGUCCUUACCCAACUAAUCGCUGUACUAGUAGGGAUAUUGAAUAAGUCUGAGGGAGCUAUUAAGUUUCUCAAGACAGAAUCAUCUUUGCAGAUGCAACUGCAGCACAGGAAACAGACUCAGGGAGAAUUUUAGCCCUCCCAAAUCUCAUUGGCCCUCUGCACAAGCCAAGCCACAAUCACUCCUGCAACACAAUCGAAUUCUUUCAGCACUCGCAGCCGUGGACAGCUCCCUCGCCACGCGGUCCUUCCCUCCGCAGUGAGCAGACCCGCCUUCUUCCCGCCCGGGUCGGUGCGGUACUCCACACCAAGUCAGCCAGCGCACAAGGAACAAGCGCUCCCUCCUCCUCCCUCUCGGUGCCCCCGCCCCUCUCUCAUCCCGGCUCACUCCCGCGGCGACUUUGAGGGAUUCCCUCUUGGGCGGCCUCUGCAGCAGUACAACUCGCCUUACUCGCUGCUUGGCGAGCAUGGAUCCCCGAAGAAAAGCCGUUCUAGGCAUGGAUAGACUUCGAGUUCUUCUGAUGCUGUUCCAUACAGUGGCUCGAAUCAUGGCAGAACAAGAAGUGGAAAAUCUCUCAGGCCUUUCGACUAACCCUGAGAAAGAUAUAUUUGUGGUGCGGGAAAAUGGGACGACGUGUCUCAUGGCAGAGUUUGCAGCCAAAUUUAUUGUCCCUUAUGAUGUGUGGGCCAGCAAUUAUGUGGAUGAAAGUCACAACACGUCCAAGGGACCGGAAGCGACCUGGAGGCUAAGCAAGGUCCAAUUUGUCUAUGACUCCUCGGAGAAGACCCAUUUUAAAGACGCGGUCAGUGCCGGGAAGCACACAGCCAACUCACAUCACCUCUCGGCCUUGGUCACCCCUGCCGGAAAGUCCUAUGAGUGUCAAGCUCAGCAGACCAUUUCACUAGCCUCCAGCGAUCCGCAGAAGACGGUCACCAUGAUCCUGUCCGCGGUCCAUAUCCAGCCCUUUGACAUCAUCUCUGACUUCGUCUUCAGUGAAGAGCAUAAAUGCCCAGUGGACGAGCGGGAGCAGUUGGAAGAAACCUUGCCCCUGAUUUUGGGGCUCAUCUUGGGCCUUGUCAUUGUGGUAACGCUGGUGAUUUACCACAUCCACCACAAGAUGACAGCCAACCAGGUGCAGAUCCCUAGAGAUCGAUCCCAGUAUAAGCACAUGGGCUAGAGACCAAUUAGGCAGACAGCCCCCCCCCCCAGCUGGAUCAGGUAGAGACACAAAAGCACUUUUCACCUGUAUAUGGAAUAUAACAACAUAGCUACCAAUCUAACAGGCCUGGGUAUUCAAGGCUCGCUUGGCCUGCAUCCAUGCUUAAACCCUGGGAUGGGGGGAUUCUUUGGGAUUCACAGGGUGAAGGGCAGCUGUUCUUUCCAUGCUGGGGAGUGGGAGGGAGGUAUCAGCUGGCUUUCAUGCUCAUGGUGGCUUGGCUUUGACUUUCCAAGGAGCAACACAUAAAACUGGGAGGGUUAUCGGCUCCAAAGUUUAGGGUUUGCAGCCUCACUUCUUUUGGAAAGGUACCCUUUAAGGUUCAAGAGAAAUAUUGGUUGCUCUGCUCCCUUGAAAACAGAUGGCCUACCCUAUACUGUUGUCAAUGCACACAAAAUACAGCCUCAUGCUCCCUGCAGCAAGACCCCUGAAAGUGAUUCAUGCUUCUGGCUGGCGUUCUGCAUGUCUCGUGAUUGUCUUGGGAAUGUUUCACUGCUACCUGCGCCCAGUGACUUUGCAGCACAAGAACCUGUUUCAUGUAACUAUGCAGAGUUGUUUGGACUUCAUAGUGUGUCAGGUCCAGGUCAGGGGACCUGAAGAAUCAAUUGCUGUUGAAUUUGUUUUUCAAAAUUAAUUAAAACACACUA